AUGUUGUCACUUUUGUUAAGAAGCCCAGUGGUGGUAUCCCGUGUCUCAUAUGCUUCUCCGUUUUUGGUUAGGAGGUUUGCCUCUACGCAAAUUGAGAGAACUGUCUCGGAUGCAGUUAGAAGAACAGUAAAGCCUUUGGACUCUCGUAAGACUUUCCUAAUCGACUCUUACAAAAACCUGAUGGAAACCAGUCCGGUAAUGUUGUUUUGUCAUCAUAACAAUUUGAUGAAAGGGGAGAAUGCACACUUCAGAGAAGAAAUUAAUAAGGUAGGAGGCAAGUUAACAAUCUUGAGAAACAAUUUGUUCCAAGUAUACUUGAGAAACUCACGCAAAAAUGACCCAGCUGCUCCAGCGAAACGUUCAGAACAAGACUGGAAGCAUCCUUUACUGCCCUUGUUCAAAGGUCCUACGGCAGCAAUUUCGUUCCCAGAGACUGAUCCGGCAAAGGUAAAAAAAGUCAUGAAAUUAUUGGAAAAAGCCCAAGACAAGUUAUUCGUUAUUGGCGCCAAAGUUGAAAAUGAUGCGUACGAUUUGAGACAAUUGGAUUCUUUCAAGGAUCUACCAACAAAAAGUCAAUUACAAUCAGAAUUACUGGGACUAUUGCACGUCUUGAGCGGUGCUGGUUUAGUUCAAACUUUAGAAGCUGGCUCAAACAUGUUGUACCUAACUCUAAAGUCUCACGAAGAUAAUAUUAACCCAGAUAAGCAGAAAAACGAGAAUGACAGCGAAGGAAAUUAA